ACAUGCUUAGAGAGAGAGAGAGAGAGAAAGGUGAGAUUGAGAAAGAAAGAUAAAGCAAUGUUCAAUUUAGAAAUUUAUCGUUGAAAAUUUGCAAUUACUUUUAACAAUUCUUUGGGAUUUAAACUAAUGAAAUAACUUUAGAUUUUUCAUGCUUGUUUGUGAUGUAUCCCGGCGAAGUUACUGAGCUGCGUUUUGUUGUCUUUGGAUUCGUGUAACGUAUUUCCUUUUUUAUUUGUAUCAUUAAAAAUGCCGUAAAUUCUAAAGCCAAGGUUUCUUUUUCGUGUUUCUGAUUUUGUGGGAUAAUUUUGCAGAUUUGCUGUGGAAAAAAACGGCAUAUGACUCCAUAUGAUUCUCUGAAUUUGGUAAUGCUAAUGACGUAUGAGUGAUGGAGCCCAAUUACCAGCCUGGUUUCUACCUCCCUGAGAGAGAUCAACAAGAACAUGUACAACAUCUACAACCUUCACAACAGCAGCAACAACCACAACAACAUGUUGCACCCUACCCCAUGGACCUACCAUACCACACAACCUCACAACAUCAGCCUGAGUUUGUAGUGGAUCAGCCGCUCAGAACAUUCCCUGUAGGCCUACAUCCUGGUGCUCCGAUAUUGCGCUCAAUUUACCAAGAUUCUGCUCCCAUACUUGCAAGCUCAAGUAUCGUUCCCCAAGCUCGUCAUCAGGUACCCUUCACUCUCGGAGGUCAUGAGGUCAAGUCUGCAGCCUUGUCUGCAAACUAUACCCCGCCCAUCACAUCUUCAGAACCAAUCGUAGAAAGCAACAUCCUGCCAAUCACAACUUGUGAGCAAGUUCCAGGGAGCAACGCAGCACAAUUACAAGGCAAGACAGAUGUUGUACCAGAGCCUUCCAAGCAAACCCAGAGAGAAGAACAGCCAGAGCAUCCAUCCACCACACAUCACCCUAGGGAGAGUCCUCCAGUCCAUAACACCUCUGCUGCUGAGCCUCCGCUUCUGGUAGCACUCAAUUUAAAAAAGAAUCGGAUGCUAACAUCAAGUGCAGAUCUUCCUCAGGGUCUGUCAUUCAAAGGGACAUCACUGGACAAGGUGGAGGGAGUGGUUGCCAGGGAAACAAUUGAGAAGGGGGUGGAGUUUGGACCUUAUACAGGGACACUGCUAAAUGAGGAGUAUGGAUGGUUCAAGGAUUCAACUUGGGAGAUCUGUGUCUCGGGUAGAGUGUUCUUCUAUAUCGAUGGACGUAAGACCUGGAUGUCUCAUCUGAGUUGUGCGCAGAGUGAGGAGGAACAAAAUACGGAAGCCUAUCAGAUCUACGGUGAAAUCUACUUCCGAAGCACAAAGGUCGUUGAACCAGGAAGUGAACUGAAAGUGUUCUACAGCGAGGACUACAGGACUCGUCUAGGUUUUCAAACCAGAUUGAACGAUCUCACAUUUAACCAAGAUGCUCAGAAGUUCCAAUGCAGCCAGUGUGAGGGUCUGUUCACAUCUGCCAAACUAAUCCUGAGACACAUCAGAUGUGAACACACCAGCCGUAGACCAGAUGAGAUGAUCCCUGUGCUGACUUGGAAAGAGAAAAAGAAAUCUACAGAAAAUGAGGUCACUUCCAAACUACAGCUACAGACUAAAGCUAGCGACCAGGAAGAGCAGGUUUUUACAUGUGGAACAUGUGAGAAGAUGUUUCCUUCCUGCGGCCGACUGAAAGCCCACGAGCUGUUUCAUGAGUACAACCAGGAACAUAUGUGCCCUUUAUGUGGUAAAGGACAAACAAAUGCCCAGGCCCUUACAAAACACAUGACGACGCAUGAAUCCAAAUUACACAAGUGUAAGAAAUGCACUCGAAAGUUCAAAUCAGAGACCGCACUCAGUAAGCAUGAGAGGGAAGCGCAUGGCUAUCGAUGCCAGUUCUGUUUGGAACGGUUCACUAGAAAGAAUGAAUGUAUGAAGCAUGAGCAGACUCACCAAGCUUUCAAAUCAUUACAAUCGGAUACAAAGGAGACACCAGCAGAAAAGACUGAAACAUCUCAACCAAUGACAGACGAGGCUAAGGAUAUGCUUGGUAAAACUUCCAACUAUUACCUGAAGAAGCGCCCCUACAAGUGCCGCUUCUGUCCGAAGAGAUAUAUUUCUCGUUGCAGUGCAAGAGAUCAUGAAAAAGAGGCUCACACCAACGAGGGAUCGUACAAGUGCAGUCACUGUCCUAGGGUUUUUACGAGUGAGCGUCGUCUGAUAGAACAUCUGAUAAGCCACGAACAAAAAGGUUUCUAUCAAUGCACGCUCUGUCCAAGAAGCUUCGGGUCGGAAAGUGCUCUCAGUAACCAUCAAGGAGAACAUACCGGACUGAAACCGUUCAAGUGUGAAAUAUGCGGCCGGGAUUCCGAGUUAAAAAUCACUUCCACGCGCACAAGCGACGCAUGCAUCAGGAACGACCGCUCCGUUUCUUUUGCUCUGUCUGCAAUAAAGGGUUCGCCGAUAAAGGAAACCUCACAAAACACGAGCGACGGCACAAGGGCAUCAGGCAAUAUGUUUGCUUGGAGUGCGGCAAAGGGUUCACUGCAGGGACGUCGCUAG